CUUGAGCACACGCGCUCUGUAUUGGAUAUUACUUUUAAUAUUUUCUUUUUUUGAUACGAUAUUUUAUGAAACAAUCACAAGUGCCUGAUUCGCGGUAAAAAUAAAUAUUCUUUAUUUCGGAACUUUAAGGAUCAAUUGGAUUGCAUUCAGUCACAGAUCAUAGAAUGCAAACAACAACGAAAAAUCUGUUCAAAUAAAAGGAACCAAAAAAAAAAAGAAUCUUUGGAAAUAAGAAAAGUAAACUUAAACAGUGAAGUUCCCAAUAAGUAAAGCUUUAACAAUCACAACUCAAUAAAAAUCAAGUGAAAAAUUCCCCAAAAGAAAUCAAAAUCAAAGACAAUAAAAAUCAGCAGAAGCAACAAGCAGAAAAAAUUAAUUUCCUGCAGCACCAAAAUUUCAUCAAGGAGAUAAAAAAAAAAAAUUUCAGCAUCCAAUAAGAUGGAAAAGAUAUCGACAACCCCCUUGGCGCAUUGUAAUAACAAUAACUUUACUGGAAUUAGCACAACUAAUACAACGAUAGGAGGUAAAAUUACAACAACAGAGGCACAACUGUUAUCGAAAAAAGUACUCAAUUUGGAUUUUGAUGUUGCGAAAAAUGCUGAAUGCUCAGUCGAUGUUCAACGACCGGUGCCGCUAAGGUCGAAUUUUAAGAAAUCAAAUACGUGCGGCAGUUUCUUUGCCAAAUGUAAAUGUAAUAAUCAUCCACAUCAUCAUCAAACUGUAAUUCCACUUUUAGAACAAGACGAAUUUGAGAAACAAUUUCGUGGUGGGAGAUUGGAACGUAAUAGUCGUAAGACACAGUCCUUUUCACAUCCUGACACGCCUAUUAUAUUCACUGAAGAAAAUCGCUAUCCGAUAACAUCAGCUGGUGACUUGAUAAGUAACAAUCGAUAUAAAACGUCACUGGAGACGAUAAUUAAAGCGGGAAGUCAGAAAAUAGAAAUAAAACAUUCCAAACGUGCGUCAUCGCCAGAAUUAUUGUGUAAUGGAAAUGGAUUUGAUAUUCAUCCGGAAUUCCAAGUUCAAGUAACAGCAAAAAGUCCAACAAUACAAAAUCAUCAAGAGAAUCCAGUACCGCGUCGUCCAAUUUUUAAAAAAUCAUCCAAGAGCUUCCCAUUUCCACAUCAACGAUCCUCAUCCUUCCGUUCGCUUGGCGAUAGGUCAUUUUCAUCAUCAUACAGUGUCGAUGAGACGAGUGAGGAAAUUGAAUUAAGUGGAAAAGUAUCGGAUUUGCUUGUUAAUGAAAAUAAUUCAUCGUCAUUGAAACCUACGACAAAUAUUGUUGCUGUAGAAGUUCAUUGCAGUGAGAAUCACAUAUCGAAUGGUACGACUGAAAACAAUUUAAAGUCACCGAAAGCACAACCGAAUGAGAAGGAAUUUUUGCAGGCAUCACAAGACUUCUUAAUACAAUCUGGCAUUCUUGGUCCGAUGGGAAACGUUGCCAGUAUUAUCAAAAAAUCUUCAAGAAUAAAGCCUAUGCUCAGUGAUCCAGGAACAAAAGAUCAGAUUCGCAAAACUUCACUCGUCCUGCUCGGUCAGCGCUAUAAUGAAUUAAAAAAGAAGCGGUCAAUAUCCGAAAGUUAUGCUCAACAUCCAUUAGCACAAGAUGAUAUAAAUUCAAUUACAUUGCAUGAAGAAAUUCGACAAUUGAAAGAGACGAUACAAAACCGUGACGAAGAAAUUGGCAGAUUAAGGCGUGAAAUUCACAAACUGAAGAGUGUCCUGCAUCAACAAGCGAUAAGAAAUCUAAAAUGUAAUGAAUGUAAUUUGUCAAGUCUACAAGCAGCGAGUGGAAUAGUUGGGACGACGACAACAUCAACGUUUAACAACGGCAAUCAAAAUGAGAAUUAUUAUGAUAGCGUCAAGUCUUCCGUCACAUCAGUUGCAUCUAUGCCACCACUCCCUUUACAGCACAAUAAUCAUAUUAGUCAUCAUUAUAAUUACCAUCAUCACCAUCAACAACAUAUCAACAAUCUUAAUCAACCUAAUAAUAUUAAGAAGCAAGGUGUUUCAGGCGAGAGCUGUGACGCUAGUUUUAUUGGACAUUCGAGUGACAUUUUAAUAAGGAAAUAUGAAAAGGAUUUCAAAUCCAAGCAACAAAUAAAGGAUGCAAUUUCCGAUAAUGACUUCCUAAAGCAUCUCGAUUGUGUACAAGUUCGUGAACUUGUCGAGUCAAUGUACAGUCGCAAUGUAGAUGCUGGCGAAUAUGUAAUACGUGAGAAUGAGCCGGGAAAUCAUUUGUAUGUAUCGGCAGAUGGCGAAUUUGAGAUAGAAGUGAAUGGCAAAGUGCUGGGAACUCUAUCAUCUGGAAAGGCCUUUGGUGAAUUGGCAAUUUUGUAUAAUUGCCGACGAACAGCUUCAAUUAAAGCUAUAAAGCCAUACUCUCGCGUAUGGGUUCUCGACAGACGUGCCUUUCAGCAAAUUAUGAUGCGCACUGGCUUACAAAGAAUCGAAGAAAAUGUCAAUUUUCUUAAAUCUGUUCCGUUAUUGAAGAAUCUGAGUGAGGAUGUUCUCUGCAAAAUUGCUGACGUACUUGAGCUGGAAUUUUAUCCAUCUGAUGCUUACAUCAUUCGACAAGGCGCUCGGGGUGAUACUUUCUUUUUAAUUAGUCAAGGAUCUGUGAAAGUUACUCAACGUAUACCAGGCAGCAUAAAGGAGGAAGAAAUUCGAACACUCGGUCGUGGUGAUUAUUUUGGUGAACAAGCAUUAAUCAAGGAAGACAAAAGAACAGCAAAUAUCAUUGCCUUAAGUCCGGGUGUUGAGUGUCUUACUCUCGAUCGAGAAUCAUUCAAUCAGCAUAUUGGUGACUUAAUUGAGCUACAUCAAAGGGAUUAUGGUGAUAGGGAUCGAAUUUAUGCAAUCAAGAACCUUAAAAACAAACAAAUACCCAUCAUCGAGCGAAGUGAUUUUCUAAAAGAAUAUGAAAAUAUGGAACUAUCGGAUCUUCUUUCACUGGCGACCAUCGGCAUCGGAGGUUUUGGGAGGGUUUUGCUUGUUAAACACACAAAAGACACGACAUUGAAUGUAUUUGCAUUAAAACAGAUGAAAAAGGUUCAUAUUGUAGAAACAAAGCAGGAGGAGCAUGUCUUUAAUGAGAGGAAAAUUAUGCUGUCAUGUGCUGAUUGUCCCUUUGUGUGUCGCCUUUAUCGAACAUUUCGUGAUUCAAAGUUUAUUUACUUGCUGAUGGAAGUCUGUCUAGGAGGUGAAGUAUGGACAAUCUUAAGGAACCAAGGACGCUUUGACGAAACAACUACUCAAUUUAUAAUUGGAUGUGUUCUUGAAGCAUUUGAAUAUUUGCAUGGACGUGGAAUUAUUUAUCGUGAUUUGAAACCUGAAAAUUUAAUGCUCACUUCGAAUGGAUAUGUAAAGCUUGUCGAUUUUGGCUUUGCAAAACAAAUUGGAUAUUCGACAAAAACUUUUACAUUCUGUGGUACGCCUGAAUAUGUAGCGCCCGAAAUCAUACUUAAUAAAGGACAUGAUAGAGCUGUAGAUUACUGGGCAUUAGGAAUAUUAAUCAGUGAAUUAAUUACCGGUACACCGCCAUUUACAUCCAGCGAUCCACUCAAAACGUACAAUUUGAUAUUGAAAGGAAUUGACGCAAUUGAAUAUCCACGACACGUGUCUAGAUCUGCUAUAAGCUUAAUAAAGAAAUUAUGCCGCGAUAUACCGACAGAUAGAUUAGGUUAUCAACGCAACGGAAUUGAUGAUAUACGAAAGCACAAAUGGUUCCAAGGUUUUGACUUUGAGAAUUUAGCAAAUUUGACGCUCAAACCGCCACGAAUAUCGUGCGUUAAUGGACCACUCGACUUAUCAAACUUUGACACUUUUACACCUGACUAUGAGACACCACCAGAUGAGAUGUCUGGAUGGGAUCAAAAUUUCUAGUAUUUAGAACGCUUUGCUAUUGCAAAAUAUAAAAUAUCUCGUCUCACUCUACGAAAACCCUCGCAAGUGCUCAAAAUAAUGGAAAAGAAAGAUUUUGAUUUUCUACAAACCAAGGCAUUGAUAUAAACUUAUUUGUACAAUAUAUUACUUAUUAUUCCUAGCAUUAUUAUUUUUGACAUCUGAUGAUUUUUGGAAUGGAAAAAUAAAUCAAAAAAACUCAAAACAGUUCGUGUAUAAAAAAAAGUUUUUUAAUUGGUUUUUAUUACAGUCUAUAAAAGAACCAGUCAGAUUGUCACAUUAUAUUUACUCAGUAUAGGAAUCAUAAUGUUCAAUCCAAUUGAUUCUAUAUGAGAUUAAAUUUAAUCUAAACUUUAGCCCACAUAGUCAUCACAAAUGUCCUCAUUUCCAUCGGAUCAAGUGUAAUUUCCAUAUCAAUUACAGGCUUAAGCUUAUCACUAUCAGUUAAAUUUAUUUCAUCGAGUAAAUCGGCACCUUCUGACUUGAAAUGCAAUCUUUGUAAUUCCUCAAUCCAUUGAUUUGCCGAUAAUGUGACUUCUUUCAAGUCAAUUUCAUAGCCUGGAAAGACAUCCGUUAAAUUAAAUCUCACGGUUUUUGAAAGCUCCGGAUCUUCGUUUUUCUCCAAUAAAUGUUCAAAUCGAAUUAAGAACGUUCCAUCUUUCCACGGCUCAAAUGUCAUGAAAUAGACAUUUUGUGGUAAAGACAAUCCUAUGGAUGAAUG